CCUUUUACCCAGAGAAAUUCUAUAGGAGCAGAGCAGGGGCAGCUGAGAAUGAGGCCAUUUGAUUCGCACAGAUCCAGGCAUAUGUGAGGUGUUGGACACCACUGCAUCGGUAUUGGCUCUGAGUAGGACAGUGGGAGGAGACUUUGACAAUGAAUGUGCUGAGGACACAUGUUUACAAUGAGGAAAGAGAAGAGGAAUGGAUCGAAAAUGGAUCACAAAACGAAGCGUGUAGUCACUGGUGCCUAUUGUGGCUGACUUGGGGAACAGGACUGCGUACAAAAUGGACUUUGUAUGACGGCAUUCCACUGUUCAAAGUUUGAAAGUCUGGAGUUAUCUUAGGAAUGACCAGUUCUCAGCUAUUCACCCAUCCAUCUGAAAAGUCUUCCCAGAGAAUGGUGUCUUCUGUAACCCCUGGGCCUCAUGGAGUUUUUGGUCCAUCGUCGCCCCCUCCAGCCGUCUGGCCUCCUCUAGACUUUGCACUGGGCUCCCUGGCCUGCUGUGCUGCCUGUGUGUUCACAAAUCCUCUGGAGGUGGUCAAGACCCGACUUCAGCUUCAGGGAGAGCUCCGUGCCCGGGGGUCCUACCAAAGACACUACAGAGGGGUGCUGCAGGCACUGUGGGUUGUGGGACGGACGGAUGGGGUAAAGGGGCUGCAGAAGGGCUUGUCUGUGGGACUCAUUUACCAAGGAGUGAUGAAUGGAAUGAGGCUGGGAUCAUACUCGUACUGUGAAGCUUUGGGGAUCACCUCUUUUCAUGGAGGUAGUCUUCUGUCAGGAGCUGUGUGUGGAGCUCUAGGUGCCUUUGUUGCAUCUCCGGCAUAUCUAGUUAAGACACAUCUGCAGGCUCAGAGUGUGCAAGCUAUAGCUGUUGGACACCAGCACAACCAUUUAGGUGUGUCAGAUGCCUUUGUAACCAUCUACCGAAGAGAAGGCCUGAUUGGCCUUUGGAGGGGCGUUAAUGGGGCAGUGCCUCGAGUGAUGGUUGGAUCAGCUGCUCAACUUGCCACCUUCACCUCUGCCAAGGAAUGGGUGUCACAGAGCCAGUUGUUUACCUCAAACAAAUUCCUCACUGCUUUGAUUGCUGCUAUGAUCAGUGGUGUUGCUGUGACAAUCUCCAUGACCCCAUUUGAUGUCAUCAGCACGAGACUCUACAAUCAGCCCGUGGAUGAAUUUCGAAGGGGUCGUCUGUACAAUGGAUUUUCAGACUGUAUGCUCAAAGUGUGUCAGACGGAGGGUGUCCUGGGGCUGUACAAAGGGAUGGGACCAGUGUUUCUGCGCUUGGCUCCCCACACAGUUCUCAGUAUGGUGUUCUGGGACAUGAUGAGACAACAGGUCAUGAAGAAUCAACAUUGAGAGAGCUGAAGUGAAGUCUGUAUAAUUAUGUAAAUUAGGAUUUAGACAUAUCACAGUGGGUUGUGUUGCCACAACAUUGUAAAGGGGAAGGCUUUAGAUAUGAGGUAGCUGAAAUAUUCAGUAGAAUUUGCUAUUUAUUUGUGAAAAUUGUUUCACCUGGUUAAUGGUUCAAUAUCUAUUAUUACAGUCUAUUUAUUUGAAAUAGAAACUGGGCCAGAUCAUACAGGCGUAAGUUUAGAGACUACAACCCUUUAUUACAAGACAUUUGGCAAACGGAGGGAGUCGAAUCCACAACACCAAGGUGAUUUUGUGUGUGGAGAGUUCUUACAAAAGGAAGAAAAAAAAAAGAAAGUGGAAUGCAAUCCACUCACAUAAAAGCACUCUGAUAGUUAACUUAUGAUCUUACUGUAACACAUCUAAGAUAUAUCCAUUUAUUUAUUAUUAUCUGUUUAUUGUAGUGAUACUAAUUAUGUUCAGGGACACAGAUGAUCUACUUUUAAAAGUAGACAUUCAAAGCAGCUGCAAAUGCUUUAUUUGUUAAGGUCUAUAUGUUUGUUGAUAUUUUAACUCUGGGAACCAAGACAACAAUAAAAUGUUUUUUAAAU